AUGGGGUGUGAACUGAUUAAAGACAGAAGAAAGGACAUCAAUGAGUUGUGUGACAGCCAAAAGCUGAUGGGACCACGUUCAUGGCAUCCUGUUUCCGAGGAUCAGGAAUGUGGAAGUGGGUUAGCUAAAGUCUGCCUCAGGGUCUCUCGUGGGAUUUCAGUCAAACUAUGCCCCAGGGCGGCUGUCAUCCCAAGGCCGGUCCGGAAACCAGUAGAAGCUCUUUGUAAGCUUACUCAAUUAUCUGAGGAACUGAACGUCACUCUUUAUGAGGGUGACAAAGAAUAUCCUGAUGAAAGGGGCACCAGCAAUUUUGAGAACCUCAAUAGCGAAUGCCUUCUGUGCUCUGCAGUUGUAAAAGAGUACUACUGCCUCCGGAUGCUGACUCCCCGAAAGACCACGCGGUGUGGGAGAUUGGAAACUAUCCCAGCUCAGGAGUCACAGCAGCACCCUCAGCAGCAGCAACACCAGCAGCAGCAACACCAGCAGCAGCAGCACGGCACUGAAGGUCCCAGCUCUGCUACUAAAAUCAUGCUCUGGCUUGCUGGGCUGCUUGGGGCUACCAGGACUGCGAGUGCUGACUCCAUCUUCAGAAGCAACUCUGUGGAUGAAAAUGGGGCCAAGAUUCCUGUUGAAUACGACAGUGAUCCAAUUUUGAUGCAGCAGCUUUGCCAGACAUGCAAACAUUCCAGAGAUUAUAGACAGAUGUUCACUGACCCCUGGUCCCAGCCCCUGCCUUUCCCAGACCCUCUGUGGGAGCCAUACUACCAGCCUCCCUACACACCUGUCUUGGAGCUCACCAGCGCCCUGCUGCAUCCGGAGUAGUCGCUGGUCACUGGCUGGAAGUUUAAGAAGCGUCCAGGCAUCAGGGCCUUAUUUGAGCAGUUUGCCUAUUUGUAUAAAAUCGUCAUCUUUAUGUCAGAGACUGGCAUUUCCACUCUUCCACAAUGUGGACCUCCCCCGCCCCUAAUGUACUGCCUUUUCCGAGAUGUGAAGCAAUACAUGGAUGGACAGGACAUUUCCUGUCUGAUGUUUCCAAACUGGAUAAUUAGAUGUUUUAGUAUCACCUGA